CCUUGUGCUUUUUUACUUAUAAAAAGAAAAGUAUUAAAUUUCAUGAGAUCUAGCCCAUGGCCCAAUUGGGCCUACAUCACUUGAUGAGUCACGAGAGUGAGUUCAUGGUGACGCAAUUAAAACGGCGCCUGUAUUUUUGUAUGGCGAGAAAAGAGAAACACGCAGCAAAAUACCACUUUUCCCGCCACUGCUCCGCCGAUGAUUCACUCAUCGACUCCGCCGGUCUCCCCCAAAACCAACACCACCACCGUCGUCCAGAUCUGGAAUUAAUCUCCCUUCCUUCAUGGAGAAGUUCUUCAAUCAUCGAGAAUGAGAAUUUCGAGAUUCAUUACUGUGUGAUCCUUUGAUGAUCACCGUUACGCCUUCUCCGAUCGGUUUUAUGACGCCUCCAAACGAUCGAUUUUCUGAUGCCUUCUUCUAUAUAUUUUUGAUCUCUAGAUUUAUCUCCGGGCUGUAGCAGGUUCGAUUGGAGCAUUUGUCUACCAUCAGCUGUUGUAUCAGGUGCCCUUUCAGGUAUGCUUCCAUCUAUAGGUUGUAGCGGAUCCUUCAUUGAUGUGCGUGGAUAUUGAUCUAAAUUUAGACAAUGAAGAUGCAUAUAAUUUAGCUUGCAAAUGGGAAUAUAUCAAAGUAAAUGUUGCAGAAAUUAUGAAAAGAGAAGUCGAGAAGGUGAAAAUGGAGGCCCGAGGGGGAGUAGUGUGGUUGUAACUCGGGGAUCUUGACAUUGAUGAUGACGUAGAUCUCUCCUCUGAUUUUCAGGCAACAGUUUUGCGUUUUGGCUGCUCAAAUUCUGUUGGACUUAAUCGCAUUUAGUCUGUGCAACAACAAACUUAAGGUCCCCAAUGUAAUUACCAAGGAAAUCGUGAAGUUCAAACAACUUAGAGCUCUCUGUCUAAACGAUAAUCCAAUCCUACAGAAUUUAGUUUGUAAGUUUCUCUUUAGCACAUCACACAUCAAUAAUACCAAAGGAAUCCGCAGUGAAUACUGAACAAGAAUUGGCAUUUAAGAGCAAACUGCACCACUCAUUAGAAGCAGUGAAUGUCAUAACUACAGAUACACAUGUAUCAGCUAUCCAAAAGAAAGACACGACAAAAAAAAAAGAGGAACAAGAUUUUAAAAUCACAAGGAAAUGGAACACGAUUGGCCAACAACAACCACAAUCCUUAAUGGAAUUUUUGGUAUGUGAUGAUAAUGGCCUCUAGAGCAAUUUUAAGGCAGAGACGACUUCUUCUUCCCAAUUACCUCUAUCAUGUCUCUUUUAGUUCAUUCUCCACCAAGUACUCAGGGGUGGGUUAUGAUACUCUUAAAGCCUUGGUGUUGGACAACAAAAAGAAGCAAGAUGUUGCAUGGAAUGAAAAAGUAGGACAUAUGAGGAUAUGGCAAUCUAUACAUUAUACCACUACUACUACUACCACAAGUGCAACAGAUGAUAAUAAUAAGAAAAAGAGAAAAAAAGAAGCGUCCCCUGAAGAAUGCGAUCAAGCUGUUGAGGGCUUAAGCAGUGCCAAGGCUAAAGCAAAAACCAAAAAAGUGAAAGAAGCAAAAUCCAUUUUCCACAGGACUUGUGGUGUGUUAUCGGGUAUUCGUCCAGCUCUAAGAGCUGUAGCUUCCAUGAGCAGGGAAGAUUGGGGUAAGAAAAUGAGUCACUGGAAAAAUGAAUUUGUAUCAAGCAUGAAGCAUUAUUGGUUGGGGAUUAAGCUCCUUGGUGCUGAUGUGAGGAUCAGUUCCAGAAUGCUUCUAAAGCUUGCCAAUGGAAAGAGUCUCUCAAGGAGAGAGAGACAGCAACUCACACGAACCACUGCAGAUAUCUUUAGACUUGUUCCUGUUGCUGUUUUUAUCAUCGUACCUUUCAUGGAGUUUUUGCUUCCAGUAUUCUUGAAAGUAUUCCCCAAUAUGUUACCUUCUACUUUUCAGGACAAGAUGAAAGAACAGGAAGCAUUGAAAAGAAAGCUAAAUGCAAGAAUAGAAUACGCAAAAUUUCUUCAGGAUACAGUUAAAGAGAUGGCAAAAGAGAUCCAAAACAGCAGGAGUGGAGAAGUUAAGAAAACAGCAGAGGAUCUUGAUGAAUUUCUUAGCAAGGCUAGAACAGGUGCCGUUGUUUCCAACGAGGAAAUAUUGGGGUUUGCAAAGUUAUUCAAUGAUGAACUUACUCUUGAUAAUAUCAGCAGGCCUCGUUUAGUGAAUAUGUGCAAGUAUAUGGGAAUCCAACCUUAUGGGACAGAUGCUUACUUGCGAUACAUGCUUCGCAAAAGAUUGAGAUGGAUAAAGAGUGAUGAUAAGAUGAUUGAAGCAGAAGGUGGUGUUGAUGCUCUCACUGAUGAUGAGGUUCGUGAAGAUUGUAGAGAGAGAGGCAUGGUUGGAUUACUCACUGUGGAGGAAAUGCGUUAUCAGCUGCGUGAUUGGUUGGAUUUAUCUCUUAAUCACUCUGUUCCAUCUUCACUCCUGAUCCUUUCCAGAUCUUUCACUGUAUCUGGAAAGUUAAAGCCUGAGGAAGUUGUUCGAGCUGCAUUGUCUUCAUUACCAGAUGAAGUUGUGGACACUGUUGGUGUUACAUCAUUGCCAUCUGAGGAUUCUGUUUCAGAAAGGAAGAGAAAGCUCGAGUUUCUUGAAAUGCAAGAGGAACUCAUCAAGGAAGAAGAAGAGAAAGAGGAAGAGGAGCAAGCGAAGAAGAAGGAAUCAGUUGGAAUUGAGAAAGAUGUGACAUCAUUAAAAGAGGAGAUGAUUAGCAUAACAGCCCCAGAAGCACAAGAAGAGGCAAGAGCAAAAGCAUUAGAAAAACAAGAGCAGCUCUGUAAAGUCAGUGAAGCUUUGGCUGUCUUAGCUUCUGCAUCUUCUGUGAGCAGGGAGAGAGAAGAGUUUCUGAUGCUUGUCAACAAAGAGAUAAAUUUUUAUCAUAGUAUGAUGGAGAAAGAGGGAAUUGAUAGCAGAAAAGAGGCGAUGGAGGCAUAUAGAGCUGCACGCAUGGAAAGUGAAGAUUCAACUAGUGAUGAACAAGCUGUAGCUGAUGAGGUCUCUUCAGCCCUCAUAAACAGGGUUGAUGCGAUGCUCCAAAAUCUUGAGAAAGAAAUUGAUGACGUGGAUGCAAAGAUCGGUGAUCGUUGGCGAGUGCUUGACAGAGAUUAUGAUGGAAAAGUGACUCCUGAGGAAGUGGCAUCUGCAGCCAUAUACUUGAAAGAUACUUUAGGGAAGGAAGGGGUUCAGGAGCUUAUCACCAACCUUUCCAAAGAUAAAGAGGGGAAGAUUCUUGUUGAAGACAUAGUGAAAUUGGGCAGUCGGGCAGAAGAUGCUGACUGACUGAUUGAUCUCAAUUCUCUCAACACCCACAUAUGAGAUGAGAUGAGAUGAGAUGAAUAAUGCCGGAUUGUGAGGCUAGCUUGCUGAGCUGAGUGGCAUAGGCUUUGAGAGUUAUGAAGCCUGGGCACCUUUUUUGCUCAAGGGACAUAUUAUGUUCACCCUGGGAUUCAUUCAUGAUGGGAUGGGGUAUACCUUUUUUUUUUUUUUUUUUUACAUCAAUAACAAUUAUUUAUUUAUUUAUUUUUAAAUUUUUGCACAUGGAAGAGAAUGUGUUGUGUUACUGGUAGUAGAAGAAAUGCAAAAUGCUUACAGCCUAAUUUAGAUAGAUUGUAUAAAAAAUCAUAAUAAAAUUCUCUCCGAAUUCUUACAAA